AUGGAUUGGCAAUUCCAUGGACAUGUGAGAGAUAUUGAUGCGGUCAUUCAUCUCAUUAAUUCGUCAUUUCUAUCUGGAAGUGUGGCAUUGGGUAUAAUCUUAACUGCAAUUGGUUCCUGCUUUAUGGCAUUUGGCAACACAUAUAUGAAACGAGGCCUCCAUCUACAACAGGAGAAGUGUUUAGGCACAGCCGAUAGAUAUAUUCCUAGUAUGGCAUAUCAUGAAAUUACUUGGUGGAUUGGGAUUAUAUCUUAUACAUUUGGUGCACUAAUUCAUGUCAUAGCACUAGGAUUUGCUCCUGCAUCUAUAUUAGCACCCAUGAACAGCUUUGGUUUGGUAGCUAAUGCAUUUGCAGCAGCAACGCUUCUAGAUGAACACUUUGGAUGCUUUGAAUUGGUAUCCACAGUUGGGGUUAUUUUUGGAAUUUGUCUAUGUGCUCUUGCCUCUGUAUUACCAUCUAAUUCUCUGAGCAAGAAAUAUGAUGGAAUAGAUAGUUGGUCUGAUCCAUACUAUUUGCUUUAUAUAAUGUUCUGCUUUAUUUGUGCACUUGCUGUGCUAAUUGUUAUUAAUAAUGAAGAAGCUAAGUAUAAUGAAGAGAAGGAUAUUCAAACUAGGCGAGCUGUUCUCAAAACAAUGGAUGAAGAGAGUUUUGGAUUCUCUACUUCUAAUCAAUCUUCUCCACAACAGCAAGUUUCCUCACCUAACACAAACAAAAUAAAAGUUUCCUUACCGGAAUAUCCACAGUACAUUAGUAUGUUAUACGGUUUGCUUGCUGGGUUAAUUGGCGCACAGUGUGUUCUUGAAAUAAAAGAAAUAGUAGCAUGGGGUGAAUAUGCUAUGAAGAAUCCAGCUACAUGGAUGUAUCACAUACAGCCCUAUGUUGCUUUUGUGGUUUUGGGUAUAUCUACUUGGUUACAGAUGCAUUUCCUAAACUUAGGGCUUGCAAGAGGUGAUGCAACAUUGGUUGUACCUGCUUAUUAUGUUUUCUGGACUCUGUUUAGUACAUUUGGUGGUUUCAGUAAAUUCCAUGAGUUUCAAGGCUUUACUUUAUCAAUGACUAUUAUUUUUACUAUAGGUAUAAUUAUAACGACAGUAUUUGUUAUCAUUAUGUCUAUAAGAGAAAUACUAGCCUUUAAAAAGGCAGUAGACGAAAAUGUACCACAUAAUAAUGAAGUAGAGUCUAUGCCAGAAAAUGUAGAUUCUGUGAGAAGCAAGUUAGAUGUGCAACUUCCUUUAUCAAUGGGUGUUCUAACAAUGAUUCAUGCUGGAAGGUUAGCUGGAAGAUAUUUUGCUAAUGCAUCUGCAAAUUUGCUUAGGAAGACAAGAAGUGCAUCUGAUCUACUAUUACAAAAUAAGGGCUCAAUUGAACUUAUUUUCCCUCAUAAAGAUAUUUGGACUCUUCCCAGCAAUGUUCACAGCUCAGCUAUAGUAAUGGAUGGAAAUUCAUCAUACCAAUCAACAAUAUGGAGACCAAAAGCUGUAAAUGAACUUGUAUUUGAUGAAGGAAGUCACUAUGAAGAGAUUAAAUAA